AUUGGUUGGGGUGUGAGGUCUGUGAUCGAGGAGCGAUGAUUGUGUUCUACCUGUGUAUGUGUGCGAUAUAGGAGUGAAAGGAGGGAGCUGGAACAAUACUAUGUACAGCUCGCGGUUUUACUUAAUAAUCACGAUAACGUUUUGAAUUUGCUGCAGGUUCGAACUCCCAACAACUAACAAGUUCUCCAGGAACUGCAUUGCCAGACCAGCCGUACACCUUGAUGUGUAGCAGUAGUGGCAGUGGUGGCAGGAGUAGAGACUGGUACUGGAUGAAUGAUAUAGUAUUUCGUACACGUUAUGUGUCAGACACACAAUGUCCAGUAACUGUUGCCAACAAUUACAACUACAGAGAUCUGUCAGGACGUAUCAAUGUAACCUGUAGUUACAACCAGUACAAUGUGACUCUCGGGAUCCUCACUUCCAUAGAUAAUGGAUCUGUGUGGUGGUGUGCGGAUAGUCAGAGUAGACAGGAGAGCAACAGAUUGACAAUAGACGUAGUAAACCUUAUGACAGCGUCAUCAACAGCUACGACAGCAGCAACAUCAACAACUACAGGUACUUCAGCUACUACAGCAAAGUUUGAUAUCUCCUCAAGCACGUCUCUUCGAGAAGGGGUAUUUCCACUUUGCAAAGAUGGACCAAACGUCGUCUAUAUUGCGGUUGGAGCAGCGGUGGGUGGCGUUGUCGUUGGCUGCGUCAUCACCAUCAUCGUUGUCAUCGUGUGGAUGAGAAGGAGGAACACCAGUACAGAAGACGAUGCGAGCGCACCGAAUAUCUACACUUCUCCGUCCCACUACGAGGACAUGGGCCACCAGUAUGGUAAAGUGGAGAGGCAGUACGUCAACACUGUGGAAGGUAUUGGGAGUGGUUCCCCAGAUUCCGUGAACAAAGAGGACAAAGCAGGUAACGCAGCCUACUACAACACAGCUGGCCAACAUCAGCAUCGUGACGAACAUGCAAAUACAGGAGAUACAACUUACUACAACACUGCACGUGAUGCUGACAACUAGAUUCACAUGUCGAGAAC